AUGGAUAGCACUGAUUCAUCUUCUUGUUCUCACCACCCUCACCUCCCACCAGGCUUUCGUUUCCACCCUACCGAUGAAGAGCUCGUCGUUCAUUACCUCAAGAGAAAAGCUGCUUCUGCGCCUCUUCCUGUUGCCAUCAUAGCAGAGAUUGAUCUCUACAAAUUCGACCCAUGGGAGCUACCAAGUAAAGCAACUUUUGGGGAACAAGAGUGGUACUUUUUCAGUCCUAGAGAUAGGAAAUACCCAAAUGGGGCAAGGCCUAAUAGGGCUGCUACAUCUGGGUAUUGGAAAGCUACUGGAACUGAUAAGCCUAUAUUAACAUGCGAUGGACAUGUGAAAGUUGGAGUUAAGAAAGCACUUGUUUUUUAUGGAGGGAAGCCACCAAAAGGAGUUAAAACUAAUUGGAUUAUGCAUGAAUAUAGGUUGAUCACUGAUCACAAUAACAAUAACAGCUCCUAUAAUGCACCAUCAAAAACUACUUCUAUGGCUAUUAUAGAUCAUCCUCCAAACAAUAAUAAGAAGAAUUCUCUCAGGCUUGAUGAUUGGGUUUUGUGUCGAAUAUACAAGAAAAGCAACAGUAGCACUAUGCCAAGGCCACCUCUAAUGGAUCAAUACGAUAAAGAUCUGUCAAUGGAACAAACAUAUGCCAUGCAACAUAACUCUAAACCUCCAUCUUCAAGAAGCACAAGUUAUGGACUUGAAAAUGAUGACAAUUUCUUUGAUGGAAUUUUAGCAUCUCAACAUCAUCAUCAAGGAAUGGAAAGUUGUGACAUGAACUCAAAGGGUGAUGAUAAUAAUAACAAUAAUAGUGAUACGUUCUCUAUGAAACGUGCACUAAAUGGAUCAUCAUCAUCACAGUUUUGGAAUGAAACAGGUUCACCAGGGUCAUCUUCUUCAAGUAAGCGAUUCCAUGGAGAUCUUAAUAGUGGAAUAAGCAGUAAUGCUGAGGAAAAUAAUUCAUUUGUUUCUUUGCUUAGCCAGCUUCCACCAAAUGCAACGUUUCAUCAAAACUCUAUUCUUGAAGAUGGUGUAAUGAGGCAACAAUUUCAACUUCCAGAUAUAAAUUGGAACUAA